AUGUCUCUGAAAUCGUCCCCAUCCGAUAAUGUUCCAUGUUACGGAAUAGGUGAUAUCGAAAACGGUGAGGAGAAGACAAAGAUCCAGGCUAAGGUGGACAUAUCUUUGCUCAUCCAGUUCGCUAUACUGGGGUUUGUAGCGUUAGCCCCAUGGAACUUUGUGCUUGCUGAUAUCGAUUAUCUCGACAGGAAGUUUGGUCAUCACUUCGCCUCUACCACUCCUAUCUUUUACUCGAUCGCCGUCAACUUUGCACAAAUGCUCCUAAUUUGGGUCGGAAACAAGUUUACAUUCGCACCGCGUUUUGAUUGGGGUUGCAUCAUUCUGUUAAUCUUCAACAUCUUGUUGGCUGUUGUCGCUAUGUUGAUCGGCAAUGGUAACCCUGUGGAUGAUGCUGGUCUCGGUUAUGGUCUCGGUUUAUGUUGUGUCUUCCUACUUGGUUUUGGUCAUGCCGUCAUGGAAUCCUCCUCGUUUGGUCUAGCUGCAUUAUGCCCUCAAUCGUGUAUGAUUGCUGUCAUGACUGGCGAGGGCAUUGCCGGUCUCGUUGGUUGGCCUCUAAACAUGCUUCUACAAGUUAUAAUGGAAGCUGGUAAUGUGCCACGAAGAGAGGAAUGGCAAUGCCUGGUAUUCUUCUGUGUUACCUCUGCUAUUACCAUGUUCAUUGUUCCAAUGUUCCGUGUAUGGACUUCGAAACAUCCCUUCAUGGCUGAGGUCUUGAAGAUCGAGGCGAAGAGGUCCAAGGAGACUUUGACACAUCGUCAGACUAGACGACCUGUGUGGGCGAUCGUUAAAGAUGUGGCGCCUAUGGCGUUCUGUGCUUGGUGCAGUCUGGGUGUCACCUUCGUCGUUUUCCCUGCUCAAGUUGUCUUGUGGCAAUCUCAGAAUCCUAACAAUGAUGGUUUUGUGCCGCAGGUCAUCUAUACUUUCCAAGUGGUCGAUACUGUUGGGCGAUUCUUACCUAGCUUUGGUAUCUCCAUGCCGAACUUGCUCCUUGCGUGCUUCGUACUUGGGAGAAGUAUCUUCAUCCCGUUAUUCAUUUGCACGAGUCUCUAUCCUACUGUUAAGCCUUUCUAUUGGGAUUGGUUCAAGCAUGUGGACAUGGCUCUCUUUGCUUUGACUAAUGGGAUGGGCUGUACCAUUUCGAUGGUUAAGGGUCCUUCUCGUGUAAGUCAGGAUAAGGCCGAGCAAGAGGUUGCAGGGUAUACCAUGGCCUUCGCUUUGAUCUUUGGUAUUUUGUGCGGCAGCGUGUUUGGCCUUUGUGCUAAUAUUGGCUUGGGUCAAUAGUUAUUGUUACUAUUCAUCUACAAACCACUGUAUGUAACGUGAUUUAUCCUAUUAAUAUUCUAUAAAUAACCGAACUUAACAGUUGGUUAUGUCUUAUCAGAACUUUCAUCUGUUAUAGUCAAAUGACUGACUGUUUUGAUGUAUAACCAUGUGACAUUGUUAUGAACUUGGAAGUCCAUGUUCAUCUUUAAUGCCUUGCGCAUCCUCGAGAGAUGUUAUGGUGUGUCUCUGCACUUGAUUCAUUUGUAACAGUCAUCAGCGCUUCAGUUGUGUCUCAACUGGGAAGUGCUGUAUGAAUAUCAUGUUGAUUUUAUUCUAUUCAUGUGCCAUACAAAUGAGAAGUAUUUAUGUUAUUGAAUGUGAUCAGGCUGCUAGUCAAUAUCUUGUGCCUGUGUAUUAUGUGGCGAGGGAGUAUCUGUGCGAUGUGAGGUCAGUUACCUAGGAUCUGUUGUUCCCGACUCUAGUCUGAUAUCGGCUGCACCAACUGUGUGCUAUGCACAAAGUGUUAGCCGAUUUGGUGUCCAACACUGCCGAUUAUGGUCCCU